AUGAUUCAUGCUAUGCAUAAGAUAACUAAGUGGGCUCUUUGGACUCAGCAACAUUCCCCUUUACUCUUACAAGUGACUACAACAAAUCCUUUGGAAUCAUAUCAUAGUGCAUGCCAUAAAAUUAUUGCUCUUGAUGAGAAAAAACACUCAGAUUCAGAAUAUGUCUCUUUUGAAUUUUGUACCAAAAAUAUUUCUGCAAUUGGUGUUGAUCAUGUUAUUCUUCAUGAAAUUUAUAAGUUCCCAUUUCCUGUUCAACAAAUGCUUGUCAAUGAAUUUAAUGCUGUUCAAGGAAGAAUAAAAAAAGGAAAACCAACUCCAGGUCUUAUAUCACUUAAUUGUAAUUAG